AUGUGCAUCGAGAUCUGGAACACCUUCCGGGGAUGCAACCACCGAUUAUACCAGAACACAUCCCCCUGCCACGUCGCCAGGAGAUGCGGUCCCAAAGACGACAUGGUUCUGGACAAGACCAAGUUCCUGCCAGAUAAACAACCCAAGCUGCCUCCUGGGAUGCUGCAAUGCCAGCGCCGCGUCGCUCUGAGACCAAAAGAUACCCCAUGCCCGGAGUGUGCGAGAGUCCAAUGGCGGGCUACUGCCGCCAACGGCAAGGCCACCACAACCAGUCUUGCGGGAGGGACUCCGUCCUCGUCACUAGAAGAACAAAGGCUGGCCAGCCCAUCGCCAGAUGAGAAAGCUGCCGAGAGAGUGCGAGACUCGCUGAUGCUCCUGGAGCAGUUCCGGAAGCAAUAUUGA